AUGUUUUGUCCUAGCUGUGGGAAAAAGCUGGUUGAGGAGUCACCGAACUUUUUCAGCGGCUGUUGCGAGAGGCUUUAUCACGCAUCUUGCAUCGGAGACACUUCACUCCCAUUGACAUUUCCACAACUUUGUUUGUUUGUUUGUUUGUUUCAGCCAUGGGAACUUCAACAUGAAAGCAGUCCUUUACAGAAAGCGGCAGAAUAUGAGAAGGGUGCUGGGGAUCUUGUGCUUGCUAAUGAAGUACAACAGGUCCUGAAAGCUGAAUCAGAGGAGUCUUUGCAUAAUCUUAUUUUGCAAAACAGCACAAUCUUCCAAACUGCUGGAUGCCUCAGAAACGUCAAGCCUUGUGAGAAACAAGCAUUUGUGGAGGAGUACCUCAGAUGGUACAUCCUUGAAAGAAACCAAAGUGUCAUUCAACGAUUUAAAGAUGGACUGGAAAGUCUGAAUUUUUUAAGUGCACUGCAACAACAUUCCAGUGUGCUGGCCCCACUCCUAUGCUUCUCUGCCAAGGCCCUGACUGCUUCAGAACUGGAGAGCAUGUUCAGACCAGAUCUCAGCCCAGCAGGAAGCAACAAGGGGCAUAAGGGGGUCCUAACACUUGGCUUUUGGGCAGAUUAUCUCCUUGAUUGUGAAGAGAAGGCAACAGCAGUGUGUCUGGAAGAUUUGAUGAUGUUUGCCACAGGGCUGACGGCAGUUCCACCGGCAGGAAUGACACCACCACCAUGCAUCCAGUUUUUAAGUGAUUCGCCUUUUCCAGUUGCAAACACCUGUGCAAAUACUCUGAAGCUACCCAUCUGUGACUCAUACAGCAUCUUUAAGGCCAACAUGGACUUUGGAAUUCAAAAUGCUCCAGGAUUUGGAUGUUCUUAAAUCAGCAAGGUCAUCAAGUUACAGUUACUGAGUUACCCUGUUAGGUUCAGCUGCCGUUGGCACACUACUUAACACAUUCAUGUGACAAGCAACUUCCAUAUUGUUAAACAUUUAGUUGUUUUAGUUGUUUUUUCUGAAUAUUGUGUAUGUUGGAAAAGUGACAGAAAUGCUGGACACUAUUUGUAAAUGGUUUUAUUAAAGAAAAUUUUAAAUGUU